GCCUGUUUGCUGAAUCCUCUUGGCUCUCUCCCCCUGUGCCCGAACACAGUGCUCGCUGGCAGCCUGGCGGACGGGCAGGGCAGCGUGUGCCAACACAGCUGCCUAUUGAGAGGCAGGGUUACCGACACAAUCCCCACCAAACACCAAGUGGUAUCGAAAAAGAGGGACGCUACCACUUCCUUGCAGGCAUACCCAGUGGAGGAGCAGUGGAUCAGGAGGAUGUCGGAGCAGCAGAGCGCCUCCGAGCAGCUGGCUGCUGGGAAGAGCCAGGGUGGAGCUGGAGCCACGUAUAAGGUGGUGCUGUUUGAGUUUGAGAACUUCCGGGGCUGCAAAGCCGAGUUUUCUGCAGAGUGUAAAGAUGUGACGGAGAAGGAGCUGGAGAAGGUCGGCUCCGUGAUUGUUGAGUCAGGACCCUGGGUGGGGUACGAUCGUCAGGGCUUUACAGGGGAGCAGUUUAUUCUGGAAAAGGGCGAGUAUCCACGCUGGGACACAUGGACCAACAGUCAGAGCAGCUACUCCCUCUUCUCUCUAAGGCCACUUAACGUGGAUGGUACUGAACACAAGCUACACCUGUACGAGAACCCCGGGUUCACCGGCAGAAAGAUGGAGAUAGUCGAUGACGACGUGCCGAGUUUGUGGAGCCACGGCUUUCAGGAUCGUGUAGCAAGUGUCAAGGCCCUCAACGGAGUUCGGUCCGACGUGUGCGGGACAUGCAGUGGCACAAGAGGGGCUGUUUCAUCAUUCCCGAGCCCGCUCCGGCUCCCGGCCCCGGCCCAGAGCCCGAUCCUUCUCCAGAACCUCCAGCACCUCCGGCUACAGCUGGAACAAGCUGAGCAGGAUCUCCCCCCCCCCACCCCUGCCCACAACCACCAGAACCCUGGAUCCAAGCAGCAGCAGCAGCCAGGCACCAGUGCAUUUAAGCUGGUUAUCUAUGAGCAGGAAAACUUCCAGGGAAGCUGUCACGAGCUGACUGGUCCCUGUAACAACCUCCAGGAAGCAGGCGUGGAGAAAGUGGGCUCCAUACUGGUGCUGUGUGGACCAUGGGUGGGAUACGAGCAGAACAACUGUAAGGGGGAGCAGUAUGUGUUUGAGAAGGGGGAGUAUCCUCGCUGGGAUUCCUGGACCAACAGCAGGCGCAGCGACACCAUUGCUGCCUUCCGCCCAAUUAAAGUGGACAGCCAGGAGCACAAGAUUGUCCUUUACGAAAACCCCAGCUUUGCGGGGAAGAAGAUAGAAAUCAUAGAUGAUGACGUCCCCAGCUUUCACGCACAUGGCUACCAGGAGAAGGUCUCCUCUGUUCGGGUCCAGAGUGGCACUUGGGUGGGCUAUCAGUAUCCAGGAUACAGAGGCUUUCAGUACCUGUUUGAAAAGGGGGAGUAUAAGGACAGCAACGAGUUUGGAGCCCAGAUUCCUCAGAUCCAGUCAGUUCGGCGCAUCAGAGACAUGCAGUGGCAUCAGAGGGGCGCUUUCCCCCCCAACAACUAAUCUUUUGACUCUUUGCUGUCAUGAAACCUGACCUCUGCAAUCCCUUCUAGCAGUAACCCCUUGUCCUCCAUUUCCAUCCCACAGCAUUUGGAUGUCUAUUGCAGCUGUUGCAGUAGUGACAUUC